AUGGCUUCUUCAUCAGUAACACUUUGUUCAUGGAUGAUUCACCACAACCAUCAUCUUUCUCCUUCAAAAACCAAACCACUCAGAUCCAGAUCCCUUAAACCCAUCUUCCUCAACCCAAAACGCACCGUUUCAAUCGUCUCUUCCUCCAUCAUCACCACAAAAGAAGAAAAUCUCAAAUCUUCUUCUUCUUUCGAUUUCAUGUCUUACAUAAUCAAUAAAGCCGAAUCCGUAAACAAAGCCUUAGAUUUAGCCGUACCUCUCCGUGAGCCACUCAAGAUCCACGAAGCGAUGCGUUACUCACUCCUCGCCGGAGGAAAACGAGUCAGACCGGUACUCUGCAUCGCCGCCUGUGAACUCGUCGGCGGCGAAGAAUCAACCGCCAUGCCAGCCGCUUGCGCCGUCGAAAUGAUCCACACCAUGUCAUUGAUCCACGACGAUCUCCCCUGUAUGGACAACGACGAUCUCCGCCGCGGAAAACCCACCAACCACAAAGUUUACGGCGAAGACGUCGCGGUUUUAGCCGGAGACGCGCUUUUAUCGUUCGCGUUUGAGCAUUUAGCGUCCGCGACUAGUGAAAACGCCGUCGUUUCGCCGGUUAGAAUUGUUAGAGCGGUUGGUGAGUUAGCUAAAGCGAUUGGAACCGACGGUUUAGUGGCCGGUCAAGUGGUUGAUAUAAGUAGUGAAGGGCUGGGAUUAAACGACGUCGGAUUAGAGCAUUUGGAGUUUAUACAUUUGCAUAAAACCGCUGCUUUGCUUGAAGCUAGUGCGGUUUUAGGUGGGAUUGUUGGUGGUGGUAGUGACGAUGAGAUCGAGAGGUUGAGGAAAUUCGCGAGGUGUAUUGGAUUGUUGUUUCAAGUGGUUGAUGAUAUUUUGGAUGUGACGAAAUCGAGUGUUGAAUUAGGGAAAACUGCGGGUAAAGAUUUGGUUGCUGAUAAAUUGACGUAUCCUAAGAUUAUGGGAUUGGAGAAAUCUAGAGAAUUUGCAGAGAAAUUGAAUAGCGAAGCUUGUGAUCAGCUUUUAGGGUUUGAUUCAGAUAAGGUUGCUCCUUUGUUAGCUUUGGCUAAUUACAUUGCCAAUAGACAAAACUGA